AUGCCUGAAUUGGAAGGAAGAGGAGGUGCGGAUGGAGCCAAGGUUGAGUUAACCAACGCCUCCAAUUUUAGGUUCCUAAACACCAACUGGGGCAUCCAACUGGGCGCACAACGUAGACAGCAGCAACACGGGAUACCCAGGAUGCAAAGUGGUUACUGCCUGAAAAGCUCCAACCUUUUAAGGGGGGUCUUGCAGUUUGCUGAUAUUUGUGCUACAGUAUUUCUAAAAUGUUAUCACAUUUCUCUAUUUUCAGCAUACACACGCCAAUUUGAGGUGGGUACCCUGUAUAUAUACGGGUACGAGACAUCAGUGUUGUUGAACGAGCCACAGCCGCUGCCUGUGUCCACCACCAAGGAUGUGGGCUUCAGGGUGGAGCUGACAGCCGAGGUGACGCCAGUCUGGCAGCACCCCACCAAUGCACAUGAGCAAAUUCUUCAACUCACUGUGGUUACUCCUAAGCUCUCUGUCAAAGCUCGACAAGGCCCUUCCCCUGAGGGCUUUGUUCACAAGACCUCAAAAGUGGAAAGAUACAAGUUACACCCUCUCUAUAUGCAUUGGGAUAAUGGUCAAAUUAGAAAAGUCUAUCAUAUUGAUGGAAGGGAAUCAUCAGUUCUCAAUGUUAUGAAAGGCAUCUCCAGUUUGUUCCAGCACCAAGUCAAAAAUGCGAAGGAGACAGAAGUAGAUGCUUCAGGGAAGUGUGAGGUCACAUACAAGAUGCUUGACUCAACCCAUGUAACAAAAUUGAAGAAGAAUUGCAAAACCGUGGUGCCAGUAGCUUACUUCAACCAAACAAAUGAGGUUCUAGGUGCUCAGAUCGAUAGUCAGGUGACAACAUCAUAUGUUUUGAGUGAUGAUGACAAAAUUAUUCGAAAAGCUACAUCUUUGGAAACUCAUUUCUUAAGAGUGAAAGCUCGCAAGCAGUCAGGAGCAGAGGUUAUGAGCAAGCAGGUACUCCAUCUCAAAAGUCGAGAUAAAAUUAACACCCCAAAGUACACAGGACAAACAGUUGCAGAGGCUGUUCAAUCAAUUUCCUCAAAGCUUAAGAAAAAACUUAUUACUGAUCAGUUAGCAACGAACCCUGACCCAAAGGAGUGCAUUGCAUGCAAGUCGGUAAGAGCAAUGUUAGGAAUGUUUAUGGCAUUCCAUAUAUAAAUAUUAUUUUUCUCU